GAAAUGGCUGAUAUCAGCUGGGCAAUUGACUUCAUCCCUACCAAAUCACACCAACAAAUUCACUAACCAGUAGACCACACUCAAACCCAAAUCAAUGGCGGCGACCAUUUCUUGCCACCUCUCCUCCGUUUCCUCACCGGAAUCAGCUCCGCUCUCAUCGUCGUCCUCGCACUCGCGCGGUGCUAAAAACCUCCUCCGAUUCCCCAGCGUCUCUGUAUCCACUCCUGCAAUUCCUCAACGAAUCUCGUGCCAGGCUGUUUCUUCUGCGCCGCCCUCGUCUUCUGUCAAUCUUAAAGCGGAAUUAGGCCUUAAAGAUUUCCUUCACAUAGAUGAUUUUGACAAGGAGACUAUUUUUAAGAUCUUGGAUCGGGCCAAGGAGGUCAAGGCUCUUAUUAAAUCAGGAGAAAGGACAUACCUCCCAUUUAAAGGAAAAACUAUGGCUAUGAUAUUUGCCAAACCGUCUAUGAGGACAAGAGUCUCGUUUGAGACAGGCUUUCAUUUGCUCGGAGGGCAUGCUCUGUACCUUGGGCCUGAUGAUAUCCAAAUGGGUAAGAGAGAGGAAACUCGCGAUGUUGCUCGCGUACUGUCUCGCUAUAAUGACAUCAUUAUGGCACGAGUUUUUGCUCAUCAGGAUAUUCUAGAUCUUGCUAACUACGCCACUGUCCCUGUGAUCAAUGGCUUGACAGACUUUAACCAUCCUUGUCAAAUUAUGGCUGAUGCACUCACGAUCAUUGAACACGUUGGUCAACUUGAAGGGACAAAGGUUGUCUAUGUUGGAGAUGGGAACAAUAUUGUGCACUCCUGGCUGUUGUUGGCAUCUAUCAUUCCUUUCCACUUUGUUUGUGCCUGUCCCAGAGGCUUCGAACCUGAUGCAAGGACAGCUAAGAAAGCAAUGAAGGCUGGAGUCAGCAAAAUAGAAAUAGUUAAUGAUGUCAAAGAAGCUGUAAAGGGAGCUGAUGUUGUCUAUUCAGAUGUCUGGGCCAGCAUGGGACAGAAGGAAGAAGCUGAAUACCGUCAUACAGCUUUUCAAGGAUUCCAGGUGGACGAGAAGCUGAUGAAGAUAGCGGGUCCAAAAGCAUAUUUUAUGCAUUGUCUGCCAGCUGAGAGGGGUGUUGAGGUCACUGACGGUGUCAUUGAAGCCCCGAACUCCAUUGUCUUCCCCCAAGCUGAGAACAGGAUGCACGCGCAGAAUGCUAUAAUGCUUCAUGCCCUUGGGCUUUGAUUGCUGAACCUUCGCAUUUUAAGUAGCUUUGUUUUAAAACAAUGUUGGUUGUUGUAUCAGAGAUGAGCAA